CUGCCUAGCAUCGUGGUCGUGUUGUCGAUGCAAGGGAUUCUACAACUGCACUUAACCAGUUUGAGGCUCCCUUUACACUGGCGUGCCCAACGGCCCGCCAUGACACGCACACGGGAUAUCGGUGGACGAGCUCUGCAGUUGACCCGGCAGGAGCGAUUUCGUCAUCGGAGGAACGAGAGAUUCGUCGAAUUGAAAGGUGUUUCAGCGGAGAUGCUGACGCUCUACAUCGGUGGAGAGCGACAAUGGGGGAGUGGAAGCUGCCCCUCCUUGUCACUUCCUGACAAGGAGGGGCUCCAAGGAGGCCGCGACAACGCAUGGGCCUCCGGAGACUCACCGCAGCCACCUCCGAACAACACCAACACGCCGGCUGCCCCUCAAGUCACAGACAGACGACUGUCCGGGGGCAUCGCCAAGGCUGAUCAGCUCGACGUCCAGGCUCGCACCAAGCAGUCCUGGAGGGGACGGACGCAUCAGGUCCCGAUCUAACGCCUCGUGACUCCUCGACCCGUCAGCGAGAGAAAUCCGA